AUGGUGAAUAUCACCAAAGAGACAAUAAAGAAAUUAACUCAAAGUCCUGAUCAUCUUCCAGACCGAUAUGCACUUGCGUAUUUCCUUAAUGAAGAACCUUCAGUGAAGAUACGAGAUACAUAUUUCACAGAAAUGAUCAAGAAGAAUGUACAUGGCCUUUUUGGACCUACCGCUUCUAGUAAAGUUAAUCUAUCCCCCUUCAGUUGGUCGUAUAUUGCCUACGAUAGUGAAUUUGUGCCCUCUGAAAGAUUUAUAACAUUGAGACAAUUUAACGGAGCUAUUGUCGAGUUUGGGUAUUCUGUUAAAAAACUUACGUUAAAGAAAACAAAGCAAACAAGGUUAGAUUUACCGACAAAUGGGAUAUUCUACGUCCAUUUGUCGUCACGUGGAGUAUAA